UCGAUUGUGAUAAGGCGAAGUAUUAUGAAAGUUUGCAUUACGCCAGUAGGAGCAAUGGAGAAAGAAAUCAGUGGCUUGUUACGCGAGGUGAAACGCGCCAAAUUAUUUGAAAUACAACGACUUGUGCGGAGAAUCAGACAAUUAGCUCACAAGAAAGGGACCGAAGCUCAAUUGAAGAAGAACCAAAGAAAGAUCGAGCGGUUCGAAAAGGAGCUGGAGUUUCUAAAGGACGCUGAGGUGGCUGAAAUCAUUCGCAAAAUCACCAACAAGGAAGACAAAGAUGGGUAUAAAAUUGAUGAAGUGAUUGAAGACUCAACGCACACAGACAUUGACCUUCACAAGAGAGCUUUAGACAGGAUCAUUAACUCGUCAACACUAAAGAGAUUUUUAGAAAAGGCUUCUGCCGGCGAGAAAGAUUCUGUGGAUGAUGCAGCAAGACCAACAAAGAUACAGCUAAUGAAAGUGAAACUAAAAAGAAGUUCGGCUAAAAGUGUUCCAGCCGGAAAGUCACGACGGAACGAAGAAUAUGACGACGAUGGCAGCAUCGAUGCUGGGAUAAGAAAAAAGCUGAAACAAAAGAAAGCUAAACAACGAAAAGGUACGAUGAGUAAAAGCCCUACAUCUGACAUAAAGCCAGAGCUUGAAGAAGAUGAAAAUUAUGUCUCUUGGCCUGGCUCAGACUGCAGCGAAAGUGAUUUUGAGGAAGAUGCUGACGAUAUAUCUUCAUUAGAGCUUAAACCAAAAGGUUUAGAGUCUUGCUUUGUCCAAACAAUGUCUGGCCUAGAGACGGAGUCCAUGAAGGUGAAAAGCAAACAGGGCAAAGAAAAGGGAAAAGUAGUCAAUAAGAAGGGAAAAAAGAACCGUAAAGGACAGCGUGCAAGACGGCAGAAAUGGGAAAAGGUUCAUGGGAAGAGCGCAAAGCAUUUAACUAAGAAGAAAGUAGAACUGAGUUCAAAAGAAACCAAAGGAACAAAGGAACGGAAAAAUGCCAAAAUUCAGCAUUCUCUCAAGAGGAAAAGUGACGAUGAAUCACUGCAUCCAUCUUGGGAAGCUACAAAAAGGAGAAGAUUACAAGAGACUUUGAAGGUCGAAUUCAAAGGACAGAGAAUAAGAUUUGAUGACUCAGAAUACGAUGGCAGCAUCGAUGCUGGGAUAAGAAAAAAGCUGAAACAAAAGAAAGCUAAACAACGAAAAGGUACGAUGAGUAAAAGCCCUACAUCUGACAUAAAGCCAGAGCUUGAAGAAGAUGAAAAUUAUGUCUCUUGGCCUGGCUCAGACUGCAGCGAAAGUGAUUUUGAGGAAGAUGCUGACGAUAUAUCUUCAUUAGAGCUUAAACGAAAAGGUUUAGAGUCUUGCUUUGUCCAAACAAUGUCUGGCCUAGAGACGGAGUCCAUGAAGGUGAAAAGCAAACAGGGCAAAGAAAAGGGAAAAGUAGUCAAUAAGAAGGGAAAAAAGAACCGUAAAGGACAGCGUGCAAGACAGCAGAAAUGGGAAAAGGUUCAUGGGAAGAGCGCAAAGCAUUUAACUAAGAAGAAAGUAGAACUGAGUUCAAAAGAAACCAAAGGAACAAAGGAACGGAAAAAUGCCAAAAUUCAGCAUUCUCUCAAGAGGAAAAGUGACGAUGAAUCACUGCAUCCAUCUUGGGAAGCUACAAAAAGGAGAAGAUUACAAGAGACUUUGAAGGUCGAAUUCAAAGGACAGAGAAUAAGAUUUGAUGACUCAGAAUAGUUGUGUUUGAUAUACCGUGGAACUCCGUCAAUCCUAGCCAGAGCUUUCUCCGCAUUCUGGCCGCGUACAAAAUCGGGGCGAGAGCAAAAAAAUUCAUCGAAGCGGGGGACGGUGGAUUGGCCGAGCGUCGGCUACGUCGACUUUUUGCUGUCGCCCCAAUAUUCGCGCGACCCGCCGACUUUGCUCGUUCAACCUCCCCUACAGAGCGCCUACUUCCGAGGCCACGUAAGCCACGUUAAUCCGACCAACAACAGACUAUCAAAAAAUCUGCACUCCUGUCAAAGUAGCGGGGUGGUGGUACCGGUAUUGCAUGAAAUUGGCUCCUGAUUAAAUGGGGUUUUCAUAACGCAGAUGAUUGAUUGAGACUCUCUUUGGGCCAACCGCCAAACGAAAGUGGUCGUAGCAUUCAUGAAGAAGUCAAAUUUAAAACGAAGCGUUUCUAAGAUAAGGCGUUACUGUUUAGACUAAACACGUGAACGUUCCUUGACUUAACUUACCGUUACGUGAUGUUUAACAACUGAUAUCGCGAGAAAAAGUAAUUUUUUUAGAAGUAAAUUUUAAGAAAUGAUAAGGACAUUUUUCAAUUUAUUCGCAUAAGACUGUAUUUGUAUCACUGUCAUUUUUUGUGUUUUAGCUGCACAUUCCCCUGAGAAAAGUAUAUCCGAGAUUAGAGCAGAAAGUAAAAUCAAUUGUUACAGCAAGCCAUGCACUAGUGAUUAACUUGCAAAAUUAUGGGCAAUUAUUUUGUGACCAUUUCAUAUAUCAGCCGUUUUGAGAAAGUUUGUUCUGCAAAGCUUAUGUAACAAUGUCGAAAGGUAUUAUGGGUAAUGGUGGUUUACUGUUGCUUGAUUGAAGUUCGAGGUGUUUCAGCGUGAUAGAACGAAACAGCAUGAACACGAGUAUUCAUGCUUUCUCUGUCCUUCUUGCCGAAACACCGUGAACCUCAACCAAGCAAUGAUCAACUAUGCAAUACCCAUAAUACCAAUCGGCAUUGUCUCGUACGCUUUUGUGCUUUUGUGGGACAUUUGUCUAAACAACUGAAGUGUACCCUCACGUGAACCGACCACCCAAACGGCAAGCCUGUGCGGUCGUUUACGCUAGAUAGUCGCUAAUGAUAUCAGAUCAGAAGGAUCUAAAUUUUGGUUUGUACCCAAAUUCGCAAUUAGCCAAUCAGUAGCCGUGGCUACUAUCUAUCAAGUCACUGACCUGAUAUGGCUACACUAUGAUGGACAUUUAGCUCAAUUUGGGUGCGGUAAAUACCUAAUCGUACCCUUUUCGUAUCCUUUUGGUACGUUUUGGUGGCAUGUCAAGCUUGUUUGGUCUCGCCACGGGUAUUUUGGCUCGACUACGUCUCGCCAAAAUAGGAACCUCGAGCCGAAGCGUACCAAAAGAAUACGAUUAGAUACAUAUAACCCCAAUCGUUUCCAAGGUUCAGUUGAUGCCUUCACGAAGCACCCGUAAACCUAAAAACCACGUUAAUUAUAUAAAACACAUCUAGUAAUCAAUUCGAGGAUAUUUCGUGCAUCCAGUGCAAUUUCCAAGUCGUGAUACCUGCGAUGUUUAAUGAGCCAAUAGUCACGCGUGAACAUAGGACAAAAAACAAACUUCAAGGCCCUAAAAGGGCUGUAAGGCGAAUCGUUACCCAAUUUGCAACCGUAGCAGGGUAGAAUGAUAAUUUCAAACCAUCAAAUUGUAAUAGCCGCGAGCUAUAAAGGAGGCGAUGUCGCUUCUUACUUGCUUUUAAUAUCUAAACAACAUGGCGGGAACUGCAUAGAAAAGAUCGCAAAGCAUGGUGGUUCACAUGCUGAUUACGUCUUUACUGCUAACUCUAGAAGUAAAAAAAUCUUAUCUAAUUUACGAAGUCAAAAAACGUGCCAAGUUUUCUCCGAGUAUAUACAACUGACUUGAGAUGCUGCUCAAGGUAAACUGGACACUAAAUUGGGUCGCAUCCACUAUUUACAAAGAUAGCCUUGAACACUACUCAAAUUUAACUAAGAUAAUAAUUGCUCUUGCUACUGAGUUUAACAUCGUAAAAUAUGUCGCAUAGUUUAACAAAAGAGUCAGCCCCAACGGGAACGAAUUGUUUUAGACCUAUUUGAAGCAAUGACUUGGAAGAGAGGUUACUUCCAGCAAGCUGUGUUCCCGAGUUAUUGAACUUAUUUUAAAGUUUACUAAGUAGGCGGUGAUUUAUUCUACAACUGUGUUCAUAUUUGUUGCUGUUUUGAACGUUUUCUGUCAUAGUAUCGAGAAAAGAUUCUAGUUUUAUCUUUGACGUGUUCAGUUAUAAUGCAGCCCUCGUUAGGAAGCCGUGUAGUCCAAUGCUUGUUUUGAGCCUGCUCCAGCGUCUUCCUUUAAAAUCAAUGACAUGGUAAAUUGUGAGGAGAGUCCAUGGAACAUAGGGUGAGGUUUGCUGGGGUCAUAACGACGGUAAACUCUAGGUGUACUUCUUCUUGAAACAAGAAACGCGAGGUUCGUACCCACUACUCACUCCUUCCAUACGCUCUCCGCUGUGACCGGAAACAGUCUGUCCCGCAGGCUCGGACG